UGUCAGUGGGGCUGCGUGCUGUCUCGGAAGCUUUAGUAACUCGCUGUGUCCUUGCUCAGAUUCCGCUCCUGUCACCGGCAGAAUGGGGGCCCAGCUCAGCACGCUCGGAAGAAUCGCAAGUUUCCCAUUCGCGAUAAUUUAUGGCAUUUUCCUGAGAAUUUUUGGCAAGCGUGCCCCUGCCAUCACCUUGGAGAGUGCGGACAUCAAAUACCCCCUACGACUUAUUAGCAAAGAGGAAAUCAGCCAUGACACUAGAAGAUUCCGCUUUGCUUUGCCUUCUCCUGAGCAUAUCCUGGGUCUUCCGAUCGGGCAGCACAUCUAUCUGUCGGCCAGGAUCGACGGCAAUCUGGUGGUUAGACCCUACACACCAGUAUCCAGUGAUGAUGAUAAAGGCUACGUAGACCUUGUUGUGAAGAUCUACUUUAAAGGAAUCCAUCCGAAGUUUCCCGAGGGAGGGAAGAUGUCUCAGUAUCUGGAAGGUCUUAAAAUAAAUGAAACUAUUGAUUUCCGGGGCCCAAGUGGUCUGCUGGUUUACAAAGGAAAAGGAACAUUUGAAAUCCGCCCUGAUAAAAAGUCUGCCUCAGUCAAAAAGAACGUGAAGCACCUGGGUCUGAUUGCUGGUGGAACCGGAAUAACCCCAAUGCUGCAACUCGUCCGUGCCAUAACCAAGGACAAAGAUGACAAAACCACCUGCUACCUGCUGUUUGCUAACCAGACCGAGAAAGACAUCCUGCUCCGAGACGAACUGGAAGAGAUCCGAGUGAAUCACCCCAGGUUUAAGCUGUGGUACACACUGGACAGAGCGCCGGAGGACUGGGAUUACAGCCAGGGCUUUGUCAAUGAAGACAUGAUUAAAGCGUUCAUUCCUGCCCCCAGUGAUGAUGUUCUCAUCUUAAUGUGUGGUCCACCACCAAUGAUCCAGUACGCUAUUAACCCGAGUCUGGACAAGCUGGGCUACCCCCAGGACCAGAGGUUUGCCUAUUAGAAAUGUCCCUGGCCGGUCAGGAGUGGGAGAUGGACGCAGUAACUGGGAUCGAAUGGAAACGUUUCCUGCAAGGAGUUUGAGAAAUGCCUUGUUAAUCACUAAGUGGGUUUUAUUAAUCUGUGCCCGCGAUGGGCUGUAUCACAAAAUAUCGACAUUCAGUUUAUAAAUUGUUUGGCUUUUUCUCCAGCAAUCUGUGACCAGCGAAAGGACAUCCAUGUACUGAAUGCGAUUAAUAAUAUAACCGCGAAACUGAAAGGUUUUUCUUUUGUUUGUUUUUUAUGUACUCUGUUCUGGUUGCAGUUGUCUGUGGUUCUUUGUAAAUUUGCACUUGCAAGUCUCUCUCGUAAUCUUGAAAGUAUUGCUCCUCGUUUGUGAUCAGGAAGUGAUAAACCCCGCACACGGCGUGGCUGGGAGGCUGUAAGAGGCAGUUACAGGGUCCAGUGUAAAUACUGGUCCAGUAGCAGCGUCUUUUUAAAAGUGGAGCAGUCACCAUGGAAACCAAUGGAAGGUUCCUUCUGAUUGCUGCACUUUUAGAAGUUUCCUGUGGAAUUGCUGCAGAAAGUGGAAAUGAAUUGAUUUGUCCCUUGUAUAAGUGAGAGCAGGAGUUUGGGGGCCAUGGGGGACGGGAUCUCACAGAAAUUAGCCAUGCCCCUGCCACACUUGAUUAAUUCACUGCAUGAAAUAUACUGACACGCAGCACCUUUCUAUAUCAUUCACAGCUUUAACUUUUGUGCCGAUUUGCUAGUUCUUCGAUAAGACCAGUCACAAGGCUGACACACCUUCCCUCGAUCAGGCCUUUAUUUUUAUUAUAGAAUUUAUUGCACUUUCCACGUAAACACGCCCUCUGACUCGUAGUCACUAUAAAUCUUGUGUUUUUUUCGUCGCACUCGCAAGUCUUGCCUUUGGAGCAUUUAGAAUGUUUCCUUGUUUGCACUAAAACGUGGCUCCUUUUUAAAUGUUAAUUCUUUGCCUUUUUAAAGAAUUGUAAAGUGUUAUAAUCUUUCAAAUAUAAGCAUUUCUGAAAUUGUGUUUGCGUGUCUGUAAGCAGUGCUAAUUAUCGGUUUGUCUGCUUUGCGAUUGGCCUGCCACGUAACCUACAUGUGGGCUGUGCUGCACGUUUGUGACUAUUCGUGUCCCGUAUUCCUUUCAUUGUUUGUAGGUAUGUAAAAUGUGCUACAGCGGGUGUAGUAGGUUUCAUUUUGAUGAUACAGUGCAUAGCUGAUCUGAUUGGCUGAGCACUGUUCACACAGAUCGCACAUUAUGAGCUUGGAAUGCUUUUAUCCUAAUGCUUAUAAUUUUGCAGCAGCUGAGGUAUUGUUUAAGAUUAUUCACAGCUAGAACACCUUUAUCAGGAAGGGUCAGCAGAACCAGUAUAUGUAACCUUUUUGCUAUUAAAGUAUUUAAUGGAAUCUCCCAUCCGUUCUGGUGACGUAACAUAACGUCCUCAUGAAACGUGUCUAAUUGUUACUGAGGUGCAGACGUUAAGCACAGUAUUCUGAAUGAAAAAAUUUAAGAUUAUUUUUUUAUAUUUCAUCUAGAACUGUACCAAGAAUUUUGACACCAGGCAGGAUUUAUAUUUUCAGAAUAACUUCUAACUCUGAAUUGUAAAAUUAUGUGUUCUAUUAACCUGUUAAUAUCUGUGUGUUUAUUUAACACUAACAUGGUGUGCAGGGGAUUGUGCUGUGUUCAUGGGAAUCUAGCUUCAUUUGUUGGCUUUGCCGCCGGACAUCCAUAUUUGGAUUUUCCAUAAGGUAGACCAAUUCCCGCCAUAGCAGAGAUGUGUAACAGCCGUGCCAAUCAUCCCCAGAGCCCAAGUGAUGGGUGAUUUUAGUUUAAACUAGCGCGACACCUGUAUCUUACCAAACCGCGGUGUAUCCCAGAAUCUCAUUUCAAAACCCUGAAAACAUGACACCAUUCAUUAAAUGGAGAUUUUUUUUUUUUUGUUGUACGUUUGGAACAGACUUUCAAAUUUUCGAUCAAAAUAGAGGAGUGGGGGGAAUCAAUCUUGUCUGCAUCUUGUCUAGUUGGCCGCAAAGUCUCCAAACAUACUGUUUAAUGAAUAGGUCCAAAUAGCAGAUAAUCUAACUGAGAUUUGACAUGCAGUUUAGGAUUUUCGUCCCCCUUGAUAAUUUGCCCUAUAUUUGGUAAAUCUGUCAGUUUAUUGAAUACCUCCUUCCCAUCGCGAACACACAGUCCAAUAUGUGGAAAGCUGUCCUGUCAGAUUCCUGUGCAGAACAAGCCUGUAACCGUUAAAUCGGUGACAACUGACUGUUAAUACUCCUGUUUACAGGUUAGGGUGCAGUCUUACUGUUACUAUUAGACCCGUGGCAUUGCAUGCUGUCAUCAGAUGGGGGGAGCGCCUGCUAUUCUGGUCUCGGUUUGCUGAUUUGCAAAUCAUACAUUCAUUGCUAUAACGUCUCCUGUUUAUAGUCCUGGUGAAGUGCCUUUUUGUAUCUUCCUUCUCGAUAAUGUAUCAGAGACAACCUAUAACUAAAUAGUGUAACCUUUACCAAAGAACCUUUUCAAUAUCAAUAUUAAAGGUGCAUUCGCUUUCACUCCGUGU